CACAACGUUUAUGAAUUUUGAAGUCCAAAUGUGGCUAUUGAUAUUUCUAGUAAAUGCAUUUACACUUACAAUGCUGUAAACCACUAAGAAAAAGUGAAAAUGUCCUUGAUCAUGAUGCAACUUGUGGUGAUAUGUUUCACUGUUAUCAUUCUCACCAAAGGAGCAUCAGUGAAAGUUCAUCCAGGAGGAAAUGUUACUCUAUCGUGUACCAUUAAAGAUGAUCAGGAGAUCAACUGGAUCGUUAUAAAUGACAAUCAAACAUUUGUUACAAUUCUGAGACUACAAUUUUUUAAUGAGGCAAAAGUUAAACUAAGUCCAUCUUUUACUCACCCAGACUAUGAAGGAAGGAUUAUAGCAGUUAGUUCUCUCACACACACUCACUCUCUGAUUCUGAUGAACAUCACCAGCACUGAUCUGAUUAUCUACUGCUGCAUGAAAUGUCAUCUUGAGCAAACUUACUGCACUAAACUGGACUUUAAAGAGCAGCAAGUUACAGCUUUAAGUCAUGAUCUGAUCAGCAGUAUAUGGCUGCCUGUCCUCUGUGUGCUUGUGUUGCUGAUCUUAAGUGUUUGUGUGUGUUGGAGAGGAACAGGACUGCAAAGAGGUUGUGGAACAAGUAAGGACCUGCACCCAGACAGUGUUUACAAUAUUGCACAGGGUGAGUUUAAUCACAUUUCGAAAAGACAAGAUGAUCGGACACUGGUUGAGGUUCUGUAUGUACCUAUGUUGUAAUUUCUAAAAAAAAUUUACCUUUUCAUAGUCUUUUGAAACUUUUCCCAAUACAAAGAAUUGUAUGUUGUGGAUUUGAAUUGUUCUUAAGUUUGGGCCAUAAAAGCCAUUUGUUUAUGACACUGAAAUCGUCUAUAGCACCUAUGAAGAACCAUAAGUGGUUAUAUAGCACCAUAUGGUUCUACACAGCAUGGGCGGAGUGGCAAUAGGGAGAGUCGGGACUUUUCCCGGUGGGCCGGUAGUGUUUUGAGGCCGCGAGGGCCGGUCUGAUAAUAGUUAUACAUUGCGAGUUACUGUAUAUACCAACACCGUCUGGCAGCCUGAUGUGCGGCCGCUUCUCGUUGGUCAAACUGUGCAGCCUCUCAGCUCAACACAGUAUAUAAAAGUGCUCAACCCGUUCAGCAGGUCCAACCAUGUCUAGAAUUUUCAAAAAUAUAGGGGGAUCAGUGAGCGGCUCUCCCCAAAUGGCAUAGCCUGUCGGCCUUUGAUGUAAAAGCCGCCGAACGCCUGUUUAUUGCAGUGCAUAUGCAGUCUGAUCCAUCAAGCGGAUAGACUAUUUUAUAGACUAGUAGUAAGUGUGGAUUAAGGAUGUUUAAAAUCUCUAGCCUGGUGGUCAGGACAUGAAUGGAUUGCAAAGGUUUAUUUAUCUCUCCACAUAUAGCCUAUCAUAAAUAAAAAAUUGCAGGGUAACUUUGCAGUAUACCACAUUAUAAGCCUAUCAUUUUGUAUAGUUACUCAUUAAGGAAAAUUAGCCAUGAUUUUAUGAUUUUUUUUCUUGGCAGAUUGAUUACGAUUUGUAUUACCAUACCUUGACUACAAAUACGAGACCUUAGUACUUAUUAUUAUUUUUUAAACAUGCAGGGCCGGAGGUCUACGAAAUAUUCCGGUCGAUUUUUUGGUCCCACUCCGCCCCUGCUACACAGGCACUACAUAUGUGCUAUAUAGCACUAAAUACACCGAAUAAUAGAAUUGUUAAAAUUAAUUGAAUUAAGUAAAUCUAACAAUUCUUUUAUUAAGUGUAUGAUUAUGAGCCAGUGAACCACUUUUAGUGCUAUUUAGAACAGAGUGUAUGGUUAUUGUUGUAAUUAUAUAACAUCAUAAAGCAUGUUAAUAAAAUCCUGAUUCAGGGAAUAUUUUGUUUUAUCAACCAAUAAAGUACAAUUUAUAACGAAAUUUUGUCAAG